AUGAUGGCUUCUAUUGGCGAUGUAGAACUAGAGACCACCACUACAUUUGCUAGUCUUUCUCCAAAGUGGCAGAAAACAGACGAUCGCUACCCACCAGAGGGUACACCGCAAGCCAAUGCCGCAAAGGUCAAUCAUUUGCACCCACAACAAUAUGUGGACACACCCGCGCGCGGUCGCAAAUCUUCAACCGCCAAAUCAAAUAAAUUAAAUGCCGCAACCGGCGCUGCUACCGCCACAGCAGCCGCUUCAUCGCCCCGUCAAGCCACAGCGACUGUGACCGCAGCCAAUUCGGCUUUAAGUCCAUCAGCGCAAUCGGCCGCCACUGUUGUGCCGCAUCAAUCGCCCAAUACGAAUACCACCCAGAAUAAUACACUUCUAGGUGCUAAUCAGCAGCAGCAACAACAACAAUUGAAUACGCUGCAGCAACAUCAAUCGCAGCAGCAUUUGCAACUUCAGCAACAUAAUCAACAACACGUGCAGCAGGUGCAGUCCGGCCAACAAUUACAACAGCAACAUCAGCAGCACUGA